GGCGUAGAAUUUACCCCCUUUACAUUCACCUCGCUUCAUGGUCGGAUAAUUCGAUGGAUCUGAACUCUUUUCAACGAUGCUUGUUCAUCUUCGCUUGUAUACUCGGUAACUCGUAAUAUCCAAUUUCACCAAAAGCAACUUCUCACAGGUACCAUGUAUUCUUGCAUCACAGUCUACUCACAACCAUACCUUGUUGACUAACUUCCAAGCCAAAUCAGCAAAGGAAGUGAACAAACUCAAAACGUCAAUAGUCAACUCACCCUCUUUACCUUUCAGCUCCGAACAGGACCAAAAUCAGCCAUCACACCCAAGCUCAAUCCUAGCAACAGAAAUCUAUGACCAAAUUAAUUCCCCGCCGCACAACUCUUCCCCGUCUCGGCUUCCAAAACAAUGACAAGAGAGCUUGGUCGAGAGUAUCAUGCAGGUAAUCAAACAAAAUCCCUUCUUUCAUGAAUCCCCUUUUCCCAAACGUAGUGCGCCAACCCUUUCUUUCUAAAUCCCCAAACGAAGAGCACCUUUGAUUUAUAUCCCUGACGAGCUCCCAAAUGCUCCCACCCGUCGCCUUUUCUCUUCCUUCUACAACGAGCUAUUGAGCUCUCUGACCUCCAAGAGCUGCCUAGAAGCAUCCUCAAAUCACCAACAAUCGCCUUUGUAGCGUCCCAAAUCAGCUCUGCAAAUUGAUUUUGCCAAACCUCAUGAAAUUAAGACGGCGACCCGGCGGUUUUUGGUUUGGGAAGAAAUUGGGGCGAGGGUUUUACAACAGUGAGUACGAGGCAAGUCACCAUAUCUCUGAAGCCGAAGAAUCUCCAGCCAGCAAUGGCGGUGGCGGUUGGGAAGAGGGUUCUCGAUUCUGGGUGGAUAGCGGCUAGAUCGACGGAGGUCAAGGUCACCGGGAUUCAGCUCACUACCACUAACCCUCCUUCCGUCGGACCCAAGUCGCCAUGGAUGGAAGCUGUUGUCCCCAGAAGUGUUUUGGCAACCCUUGUAAAGAACAAAGUAGUUCCUGAUCCCUUUUUGUUUCGCCAAGCUGCUUGCCUUCGCUCCAUUGGUGCUAAGGGAAGAAUUAAUGGUAGGCAAUUUGUAGGGGCGGUGAUGAAUUUUUUUGAGCAGGAGGUCGGGCCCUUUGCUUGGUGACGGUGGUUUUUUUUAUUUGAGGACGUGGGCAACUGUUGAGGCGGUGCUCCUCUAGGUCUAGUUUUAGGUUUAAAUAUAUAUAUUAAUAUUAAUUAGUAAUAAAUAAUAUAAUAUAUUAUUAUUACUAAUUCCCGGUUGCAACCCUUCGUACGUAACUGUUAACCCAACCGUUCCCGUAUUUUGGGUCGAACCUGAACCCAAAGUCGGGGUGUUACAAAAGGAAUACUCAAGAGUUGUUCAAAGUUUCUCAUCAAGCCAAUGAUCAUGGAAGGAAAUUUAGAAGAUUCAUCUUUGAAGAAAGAUUCCCCAAGGAAAGCGUUCGAAAUAUUAAGAGAAAACUAGCUCCUAUAUUCGAAGAUGAAGAAUCCGGGGAAUGCUAUAAGCCAUUCACGGAUGAGGAUAUUUAUACAAAGGAGUUUAGUUCUUUCAAUCAUAAGCACCAAUCUCCGGAUAUGUCUUUUGAAUCUCAAAAACUGGAUGAGGCAUCCGAGAGAAUCCAUAGUCUUCACUUGGGACUCCACCACAAGUAUGAUUUCUACGAAGAAUCAACAGUGGAGAAUGGAGCUCUUACCUCUUGGUCUCAAGGAGUCAAGUCUGGCAAAAAUACUUUAAAAGACGUGCUAGUUACGAGGCAACCCUACAGCUUGGUUUGCUUAUCUUUUCCUUUGUUUUUUUAAUAAUUGCUCAAGCAGAGGAUUAGAAUUGCGUAGAUGAAGAUUGAUAGGACUUUACCCUUGCCUUUCCUCGUCUUGUCUUUGGAUGUUUGAUUGAUUUAGAUGAAUGAUUAAGAUUAAGAAUUGGAUGAAAACUUUAUAUUUGUAUUCAAGGUUCAGAUCCCGGUUGUCACUCCAGAGAUCACGGUCGCGAUCUCGUAGCAACAACCCACAAUAUUAUCCAUGUUUAUUUAAAGGGAAAGCUUCGCAUUGCAUCCAUGUGUAGUCUCUCCAUCUCAUCUUUCAUAUCAAAAUGCCAUGUUUCACCACCUCUCUUAGCUUUGUGAGCAUACAUUCUCUACUUCACUUUCCAACAUCUUUUGAGAAGUAUUUUUUUUAUUAUUUUUGAAUUUCAACAUGUCUCUUAGAAAGAUAAGGUACACUUUUUCAUUUCUCCAUAUUUUAAUUACCUUGUUUUGCUAACCAUGUGUUGAAUGCUUUGAGGACUUGAAAUGCUCCUCUUCAUCUUGGCAUUACUUUUUGAUGCCCUAGGAUUGUUUUCUUUGCUUUAAUGUGCAUGCUAUGCAUUUUGGGAGACCUUGGUUGGCUAUUUCCAUUCAUUUCUUGAGUUCUCAAAGACCGCCCACCAAGUAUUUGAAGAAAGUCUCCCCAAUUACAUAGUUCCUAUUUUCUUCAGUCCUACUCAUUUAGCAUCAACUUCCAAGCACUUGUUAACUCUUGUUUACUUGAUUGUGUAUUGUUUGGGGAGAAUCUAACAUAUUUCUUUGACAUUGAACUACAUCUUCAUCUAAGUACUCUCUUUUGUGCAUGCCUUAGUCUCACUCAAGUGUGGGGGAAGACUUAGAGAGUUGAUGAGGGUUCUUUAAAUAUUCCUUUUUAUGGUAUGUGAUAUUUCGAUUGGUGGUUUGUUCAUUUUGUACUACUUGUUUUGAAGGAUAAUUUACAAGACUAAGGAAAUGGCACAUGGAGAGAGUUCUUCUAAUAUGGAGUGUUCUCGAACCUCUCAUCCUCACCAAGGCCAUCAGAAGAAGAAAAGUAAAUUCAGGUCAAUGGAAGUAGCUGUUGAAGAACCACGUCAGCGAUCACUCUCUCCCCAUCCACCAAGGAAAAUCCAUCAAGAUAAAGAAGCUAAUGUUGGAGGCGUCAUAGAGUGAUGUGAUCCUAAUCCGAAGAGAACCCUCGAACUUGGAUGAUAUGACCAAAGUACGCAACCUUCCUUCUUUUUAAGGAUUUUCGAAGCUUUUCUUGACAACUUGAAAAUAAAGGAUAGAUAUGGAA